AUGGCGCACUCGCGGUCCUCAGGGAGAGGUGGUGGUGGUGUGUGUAGCUGGUUGGCAGCGGUGCUGGCGCUCUGGUCCAUGGUGUCGGUGGUGGUGAUUGUGGCGUGGGCCACAUGGACCCCCCGGGCGGGGACAGGGCAGUGUGAGACUCAGCAGCACGCCCUGCUGGAGAACACAGAGGGGGCGAGAGUGAUGAGGGAGAGAGAGACAGAGACGGCUGAGAGAGAGAGACAGAUAAACACCGACACACAGACACGACUGCAGCAAGAGAUACACAACAUCACACACACCAUCACACACACCAACCAACUGCUCACACACCACUUGCACACACAGGCUGUGUUGAGGGAGAAUCUCACAGCUCUACAGAAGGAGGUGCAGCAGUACAAGCAUGCGGUGGAUAAACUCACCACUGAACACACACACUGCACAGCGCUGAUUGAGGAGUUGCAGGUGAACCUGUUGAGUGAACAGCAUCAGCUGGACUCGUGUUCAUCUCUCUGUGACGCUGCGAGGAGUCGAUAUGCUGCUACUGAGAGUCAGAGAAAAGCCUGUGAAAUACACACCAAAUACCUGCACACACAACUUGAGAAGUGUGAGCUCAGAGUUUGACGCUCAGCUGAUUUCAGUCCAGCAGAAGAAACCCAGCGAGACCUUCUGCUCUGCUCACAUCCCCUGUGCACUACCGAGUGUUUGUGUUUAUUUGCUCUUCUUCACUGCAGUGCUGUGGAUCACUGAGCUCCGAAACACAACGCAACCAAAUCAACACAGGAUUAUUCUCACACACUACA